AUGCCGAAGGACUUUAUUCAUCAUAGCAAAUUGUUUGAUCUUUUGGCACGUGUUGGAGCACUCAUCAGGAAGGUAUCAACUCUUGUUCACGACUUAAAAGAACAAUCAAGGAAUAAAGAGAGUACGAAUGGAACAAAUCGUGCAGCUCUAGACUUGCUGAAAAAUAUUGAACUCCUCAAGGAAGAUCUCAAAUAUACUGGUGAAAGAAGCCCUCGAUUCAUAAGAUUGUUCUUCGAGAAUGUUGAGCAAGGAUUGUAUAAAGAUCUCAGGUCACGCGUUUUAGAUGUGGCAUAUGAGGCUAAAGAUGUCAUUGAUUCAAUUAUUGUUCGAGACAAUGGUCUCUUACAUCUUAUUUUCUCACUUCGCAUCACCAUAAAAAAGAUCAAACAUAUCAAAGAAGAAGUCUCCAAUAUAUCUGUGAAGAUUCCCAAGAACAGCAGCCUCACUGUAGUAAACUCUACCAAGAAGCCAGUUGAAAGAAAAUCAUUGACAACUGGUAAAAUAAUUGUAGGUUUUAAGGAGGAAACAAACUGGUUAAUUAGUAAGCUCACCAGUGGACCGAAAAAUGUUGAUGUCAUCUCAAUCAUUGGUAUGCCGGGUUCGGGCAAAACUACUUUGGCGUACAAAGUAUACAAUGAUGAAUCAGUUUGUAGUCAUUUCGACGUUCGUGCAUGGUGCACUGUCGACCAAGAAUAUGACGAGAAGAAGUUGCUGGUGGAACUUUUCAAUCAGGUUACUGGCGCGGAUUUGAAGUCCAGUGAGGAUAUUGAUGUUGCCGAUAAGCGGAGGAAACAAUUGUAUGGAAAGAGGUAUCUAAUUGUGUUAGAUGACGUGUGGGAUACUACUACAUGGGAUGAUCUAACAAGACCUUUCCCUGAAGCUGAGAAAGGAAGUAGAAUUAUUUUGACGACUCGACAAAAGGAAGUGACUUUUCAUGGAAAGGGAAACACUGAUCCUCUUAACCUUCGGUUGCUAAGACCAGAAGAAAGUUGGGAGUUAUUAAAGAAAAGAGCAUUUGGAGACCAGAGUUGCCCUGAUGAACUAUUGGAUGUUGGAAAAUAAAUAGCCGAAAAUUGUAAGGGACUUCCUUUGGUGGCUGAUAUGAUUGCUGGAGUCAUUGCAGGGAGGGAAAAGAUAAAGUCCGUGUGGCUUGAAGUUCGAAAUAAUUUCAAUUCUUUUAUUUUGAAUGGUGAAGUUGAUGUGAUGAAGGUUAUAGAAUUAAGUUAUGACCAUUUACCUCAUCAACUGAAGCCAUGCUUUCUCUACCUUCCAACAUUUGAGAAGGACCAAGAAAUCAACAUAGAUCGGUUGAAAGUGUAUUGGCGUGCUGAAGGGCUCGUUGAACAGAUGGGGAUGAAGAGUUUGGAAGAAGCGAUGGAAAUUUAUUUGGAUAAUUUAAUUUCCAGUAGCUUGGUAAUUGCUUUCAAUGAGAUAGGUAGAUCUCCGACUUGCCAACUACAUGAUCUUGUGCAUGACUUUUGUUGGAUAAAAGCAAAAGAGGAAAAGUUGUUUGACAUGAUAAGUUCUUCAGAUUUUAUGCCACACACAGUGACCAUUUUUUAUGAUAAGGAGCAUAUCAGGCCUAACAAUUUCAUCCUGCUCAAUUCAAAAAUGCAAAGGCAUUCUGGUAAACACCUCUAUUCUUUGAUGAUAACUGGAGACGAGAUGGAAGAUUGUCCUUCUGAUGCUUGUCACCUAAGAGACUUGAGGCUUCUUAAAGUGUUGAUAACUGAUCCCUCUUUUAUGAAGGUGAAGGAUUCUUUGCUGAAUGAAAUAGGCAUGUUGAAUCAUUUGAGGUUCUUAUGAAUUGGGACAGAAGUUACAUCUCUACCUUCAUCUUUCUCAAAUCUCUGGAAUCUCGGAACCUUGUCGGUGACUAACAAAAGAUCAACCUUGGUACUAUUACCGAGAAUUUGGGAUCUUGUAAAGUUGAGAGUGCUGGACAUUGAGGCUUGUUCUUUCUUUGAUAUGGAUACAGGUGAACCAAUACUGAUAGCAGAGGACUCAAAGUUAGAGAACUUGAAAGAAUUAGGGAAACUCGUGCUUUCCUAUUCGAAUGAAAUAGAGGAUAUUUUCAUAAGGUUCCCCAAUCUUCAAGAGCUUAUACUAAUUCUCAAGGAAUCAUGGGAUUAUUCAACAGAGCGAUAUUGGUUCCCGAAAUUGGAUUUCCUAAUUGAACUAGAAUUCCUCAAAGUAAAAUUUGAAAGUUCAAAUGCAAAUGAUAGUGGGCCCUCUUUAGUGACAAAUUGGUCGUGGGAUUUUCAUUUUCCUUCCAAUUUGAAAAUAUUGGUGUUGUGGGACUUUCCUCUGACAUCCGAUUCACUAUCAACAAUAGCAAGACUGCCCAACCUUGAAGAGUUGUUCCUUACGAGAACAAUCAGGGGGAAGAAUGGAACAUGGGGGAAGAAGACACCUUUUUGAAUCUCAAAUAUUUGAAUUUGGAUGAAAUGACUCUUGCUAAGUGGGAAUUUGGAGACGAACCCUUUCGCGUGCUUGAGAAAUUAGGACUGUGGAGAUGUCGUAAGCUUGAGGAGAUUCCUCCUAGUUUCGGCUAUAUUUGUUCGUUGAAAAUCAUCAAACUUGUUGAGAGCCCUCAACUUGAAGAUUCUGCGAAGAAUAUUAAACAAUACGUUGAAGAUUUGGGAGGGGACGAGCUUCUGGUCUUGGGCCCGACUAAUAUCCUGUUAUUCAAGUAGCUCUUAAGCACCACCAGAACAGAUCCUGAGAACAUUGAAAGGAAGGGAAGGAUAAGUCACUUUGGUACAAUCAUGGAAGGAGACCAAGAGAAGGAGGAAACAAACAACUCAUUGGUAUGUCAUACAAUAGUCAUCCAUAUUAAUGCUAUACAUCUAUUUAAUGAAUUGUUAAUCUAAAGCAUAAAUAAUAAAAGUUUCUCCCCAUGCUCAGUUCACCUCUUAAUUAGUGUGCCAUUUCUAUGCCGAGUUUACUGCCACCAAAUGCCGCGAUUUCCACUCUAAGUCUCUAUUUGAAACAUACAUGGGAUUGCUAACUCUGAUAUGAUGGGAAAGAAGGAAGUUAUAUAAAAGGUCUGCAAUCUCAAUUAAUCUCAAAUUUUUGUAAAUCUUUCAAGAAAUACAUCAUCACAAACUAAGUUGCUCGGACUCUUCAAAUAUGUUUAUGGGUGUGUGUCGGAUCCUCCAAAAAUAGUGUAUUUUUGAAGGAUCCGACACGGGUGUGGCAACAUUUUUGGAGAGUCCGAGCAACUUAGAUCACAAACAUGUGACAACUCUUCAGGUACUGAAAUCAUUGAGAAAUUCCAAUGCAACAAGAAGUGGGAUGCUCGCGUGCAAAGAGUUUGAAUUGUGAUGCAGAGUGGUGGAAUCAACCAUCGAUAAGCAUUUGGUGUUUGGGGCUAUUGUAAUUAAUUAUGAAGAUGUUUAAAUAGGUGUUUCUUUACAACAUUUGGCUUCAUGUGCAAUAACUAGUGUUAUUAUAAAUCCUCUUACCUAUUAAUACAUCGAUUUUAAGCAUUCUGUGUGAAAAGUCUUUAGCACUCUUUGUAUUUGUGUGUUUAAGUUCUCUAGCUGUGACAUUGGCUUCUGUACAAACCACAAACAGUAAGUUGUGCUUUGCUGGGUA